AUGCCUAUCGAGUGGCAAUCAUCCCAAGCCCUUUUGGUCGUACGUGCCACUGUAACUGGCGUACGCCGGCCGAACCUCGCUCUUGGGAAUAUUGCCACUGCACCGACUACGACUCUUUCUGGGGCGAAUCUUCGUGUCGACGCCGUAUGGAGUCUAACAUGUAGUGACUCAUGCACACUGCGCAAGGGCACCGCUUCCUAUACUUAUCAGUGUUCUUCAAGUCCUAGUAUCAAAUUCCAUCCCCUCGAGAUAGUCUCGACUCAACCCCACACAGCUUCUGCUAAGAUGAGCUUCUCUGCCCUCCCGUUCGAGCUGGUGAGCGAUAUCUUUGAUCACAUUCGAGCAAAAGAGGAUAUGCAGGCCGUUUCUCUCGUCUGUCACAAGUACCACGCUGCCAUUGCGCCGCUGAUGUGGUACACAUUAAAUACUAAUCUGCUACCAAACGAGGCUCAGUCCUUCGAAGCACUCAUUAAUCCGCAAAGCAUGGUACUUCCCCAUAUUCGACGGAUUCUCAUAGCAACACCUCGACACAGCACAGACGAAGUCGAACACAGAUUGCGUCUACUUUUAACUUCCUUACCGCACGAUAAACUCACACACUUUGUAGUUGCCACAUUGAGGCCGCACCGUCAUACUAUCCAGAUGCUCCUCAAAUCUCAACGGAAGCUCAAAGAGCUGAACUUUCGCAUUAGCCUCGACGAUGCCUCAGUCGGCAACGGUCCGCUUCCUAUCUCCAAGAGUAGUCCUUCCAUAGGACCCAUACUAAAAGACCUUACUGGACUAGCUGUAUAUGUUCAUUGCCAUCCGAAUAAAGCGAGGAACUCUUAUGAGUACUACCGCAAACUUCUCAAAUACGUUCCCGAGCUGCAGACACUGUCCAUAGUCGGCAUGGGCAAUGUUCAUCACCUACGCGACCGGCUGGACACGGGCCUCAUCUUACAACGUAAUCUAAAAGAGCCCAUUUUGACAAGUCUUACAACCCUCUGUCUAAAGCUUAUCGACCUUGGGACGAGCCACAAGACGAUUUUCACUAACAUGAAUCUUGCCAAUCUUAACACGUUAUCAUUGAUCGGGUGCAAUGAAAUGGCAGGUUUCCUGGAUGGCCUCCUAGUACAUUGCGCCGACAGUGACGGCGGCUAUCUUUCCCAUCUUUCCGAUCUGGAAAUCCUGUUCCCUUGGCAUUUAUCCAAUCCCGAUACAGAUGUCCAGGCUAUCCAAUGUUUCCUCGAGACUGGUCCGAAGCUGGCCAAGCUCACUUUGGACGUAUCGCACCACGCCUUGAUAGACAAAGACGCUAUAAUCGCCCAGUCUACCAAGCUCAAGUCACUGGAGCUGGGGACGCGUGACGACAGACCUGCACGCUCGUAUGCAGUGGAAGACGUCGAAGCGAUAUUGGACGCCUGCUCAGCGCUCACACAUAUCACCAUAAAUCUACCUGGAGUGAAGCUAGGACCCCUCAUAGAUCUAGCUCAUGAUUUCAAGUUGGGAAGACCCCAAAAUUGUCUCACACAUGUAGAGACUGAGUUCGAAGCUAUGCUCACCGUACUCGCCCAACAUGCCCCACUUCACACCCUCCGUAUGCUGAACCUCCCAAAUUUUGGACCCGUCGAAAUUGCACACACACCCGGCUCGCUUAGCGCUACCGAACACUGCUUAUCCCGCGUCCUGUACCAAAAUUUCGUAACGGAGAUUAUGCGCUUCAUGGCGAAAUGCGGUACCGCACCCAUUGUUUUCGAUACCCGGCCUAGUACCACGCAUCAGAUCUUCGACAAGUGUCGCUGGCCUGCGUAUCUGUUCAACAAGGGGUAUGUUUGUGAUGCGAGAGGGAAAAGGGAGCUGAUGGCGGUGCAUUUGGACAGGUACCCGCAGGCCAUUAAUGAGUCACUCGUGAUGCGUAUGACGGGUUCGAGUAUUUGA